UCCUGGGGCCCGGCGUCACUAUUGCAUUCAAAGUGUAGUGGUGUAGACUGGUAGCUCCAUGUACCUACUACGACCACGACCAGGAGGCACGCCAACUACAUACUACUAGCAUCUUGUGAACAGACAGAGGUAGGAGUAGGAACCGGCGCAGCGAGACUAUAGGCAUGGACGUGGAAGCGAGCCAUGAGUCUCCGCCCUUGCGCAGCAAGACGAUGCGCCGCCUCCUGGUGGCGACCAACUGCGUGAUGCUCGCGCUUGGCGUCACCGGCGGGCAGCUCCUCAGCCGCCUCUACUUCAGCAAGGGCGGCCACCGGCAGUGGCUCUCCGGAUGGCUGCAGACCGGUGGGUGGCCGCUGCUGCUCCCGCCAGUGGCGGCUUCCUACGUCCGCCGCCGAGCGCGCUACCGGAGCGCCCCGGCGCUGCUCACCCAGACCCAGCCGCGCAUACUGCUGGCCGCCGCGGGGCUCGGGCUCAUCGCGGGCGUGGACAACUUGCUCUACGCCUGGGGCCUCGAGUUCCUGCCCGUCUCCACCUCCGCGAUCCUCAUCUCCACGCAGCUGGCCUUCACGGUGCUGUUCGCGUUCCUGAUCGUGCGGCAGCGGCUGACGAUGGCGACGGUGAACGCCGUGGCGCUGCUGACGGUGGGCGCCGUCGUGCUGGGCCUGCACGUCUCCUCCGACCGCCCCGCGGGCGUCACCAGGAGCCAGUACUGGCUGGGCUUCACGCUCACCCUGGGCGCCGCGGUGCUGUACGGGCUGUUCCUGCCGCUGGUCGAGCUCACCUACAAGUGCGCCGCGGGGGGCGGACGCGCCGUGACGUACGCGCUGGUGGUGGAGUUGCAGCUGGUGAUGGGGUUCGUCGCCACCGCGUUCUGCACCGUCGGCAUGAUCGUCAACAAGGACUUCCAGGCGAUCCCGAGGGAGGCGAGGCAGUACGAGCUGGGGGAGGCCCGGUACUACAUGGUGCUGGCGUGGGCGGCGGUGCUGUGGCAGUGCUUCUUCCUGGGCGCGGUGGGCGUCAUCUUCUGCGUGCACACGCUGCUGGCGGGCAUCCUCAUCGCCGUGUUCAUCCCGGUGACGGAGGUGGCGGCCGUCAUCUUCCUGCACGAGAAGUUCAGCAGCGAGAAGGGCGUGGCGCUGGCGCUCUCGCUCUGGGGCCUCGCGUCCUACUCCUACGGCGAGUGGAGCCAGGCCAAGGCCAAGAAGGAGAAGAAGAGCGAGGAGGACGACGGCGAAGUGGCCCAGGCAGUCCCAUGAUCCGUGCCCCACACACACAAACACAAUGGUCUGCCCCGUUGUACUCUCUGUCUGUGUGUAUGUAAAUGUUGUGUUGAUUGCGGCCGUGUUGGUCCUGUGAAUGGCGUCCUGAGUCGUCGGUUGUCAGUGAUGUUUGAUUUCCAGGGAUUAAUCUUUUGUCUCUUUAUUUUUAUUUUAUUUAAUAAUUUACAUAUUAAAAUAAAAUAGAAUAUAUGAACUAAA